GUUUGGCUGUUACUAUGCUGCUAAGAAAAAUUAUAACGUUAGGUUUUCAAAAAAAUAAAGUAAAUAAAAUAGAGAUAGGGAGAGAGACAAGGAAUGUUCUCUAUCCUCAAUUUGUCACCCAGUUUUCCAAGAGAGGUGAGUCAGUGAGCAGCAGCUCUAACCCUGAGACCAGCAUAACUCCCUCUUGCUCCCCCUGUCCCAGUGAAAAAGUCUCAUGUGUGACGGCGUCACCAGCACGCUCCUCCAUCACAAUGGUCGACAUAGAGAGCCACUACCAGCCCCCGUCUCCCCUGGAGGAUUCAGUGCUGGAUGGCCCCCUGUGUGGUGAUGACGAUUUCAUGGGCAGCAUGGAGGCGCUUCAGGACAUCCCCUCAUCCAUUGACGAGGAUGCCCUCAGCUCCCUCGACGUCCCGGAAUACCAGUCCUCCCACAAUGGGUCUGAAGGUUCCAGUUUCCUAGACGCUUUGACGCCGGCGUCCAGCCCGUCCUCCGUUGUUUGCGGGAUGGCGCCCACCCAGGAGGAGCUCUUGUCCUCCUCCUCCUCUUCGCUCAAUCUGGAGUGCCGCGUGUGUUCUGACCGGGCCUCGGGUUACCACUACGGCGUUCACGCCUGCGAGGGCUGCAAGGGUUUCUUUCGGCGGACCAUCCGUCUGAAGCUGGAGUACGACAGGUGUGAGCGCCGCUGCAAGAUCCAAAAAAAGAACCGCAAUAAGUGCCAAUACUGCCGCUUCCAGAAGUGCCUGGCCGUGGGCAUGUCCCACAACGCCAUCCGGUUCGGCAGGAUGCCCCAGUCGGAGAAGCUGAAGCUCAAGGCGGAGAUGGUGACGGGGGAGAGGGAGGUGGUGAACCCCCAGCUCGCUGACCAGAAGACGCUGGCCAGGCAGAUAUACGAGGCCUACCUGAAGAACUUCAGCAUGAACAAGGCCAAGGCUCGGACCAUACUCACCGGAAAGACCAGCAACCCUCCGUUCGUGAUCCACGACAUGGAGACGCUGCAGCUGGCGGAGCAGACGCUGGUGGCCAAGAUGGUCGGCUCGGCGGGGGCCCUCAAGGACAGAGAGGCCGAGGUUCGGAUUUUCCACUGCUGCCAGUGCACAUCGGUGGAAACCGUCACGGAGCUCACCGAGUUCGCGAAGUCCGUGCCGGGCUUCUCGAGCCUGGACCUGAACGACCAGGUGACGCUCCUGAAGUACGGCGUGUACGAAGCGCUCUUCGCCAUGCUCGCCUCCAGCAUGAACAAAGACGGCCUCCUCGUGGCGUACGGCUCGGGGUUCAUCACCCGGGAGUUCCUCAAGAGCCUGCGGCGGCCGUUCAGCGACAUGAUGGAGCCCAAGUUCCAGUUUGCCAUGAAGUUCAACGCGCUGGAGCUGGACGACAGCGACCUGGCGCUGUUUGUCGCGGCCAUCAUCUGCUGUGGAGACCGACCUGGCCUGGUGAACGUGUCACACAUAGAGGUGAUGCAGGAGAGCAUCGUCCACAUCCUCCAGCUCCACCUGCUGGCCAACCACCCCGACGACGCCUUCCUGUUCCCCAAACUGCUGCAGAAACUGGCCGACCUCCGGCAGCUGGUCACGGAGCACGCGCAGCUGGUGCAGGAGAUCAAAAAGACAGAGGACACGUCCCUGCACCCGCUCCUGCAGGAGAUCUAUAGAGACAUGUACUGAGGGCCUGCAGCAACCGGCCGGCGAACAGAAACUAAACCGUUCAGAGAAAACACGGAGCUCUCCGUUAAGCUAGGGUUCAACCACUUUGAGCCGUGCCGUCUCCGACGCGGCGGAAUUCGCUUCUGGCGGACGGUUCCUUUGGUUGGUCAGGCUUCUCACCACUCCAUUGCUUGGAACCUUCUGAGACAGAAAGAAAAAGAAGAACUAGAUCAGAUGUGAAACGCCGUCCGGUUAAAGCCACUUUGUAGAAAUCCUUGUAGCAUUUCUGACCAAACUCAGCUAUUAGCCUACGGUGAGCCCUGAAAAGGAGGGAAGACGGGGAACUCAAGUACUGCCACUCCAGUUGUGCGUUUCGAAAAGAGAUUUUUAUUCUGAAGCUAAAGAGCCAUAUAAUGUCAGCACCAAUUAAACCACCUCGACCUGGCAGCGAUUAAAGAAGCUAUUUGGUUUUAAAACAAUCCUGCUGCUUCAAAACCUUCCAGCAUGUUCUUCUUCAUACAACCGGACACAGCCGCGGAGUCGCCAAGCGUACGAACGCAAUCGCAAGCUGAUUUGCGAUUACCGGGAUUUGACUUGAAAAUGCAUCUUGUUGCACAGAGGAAGCACAAACUUGUCUGUGAUUUGUUCACAAAAUGUCUGAGCCGUUUUCCUAACAAAAACGCACGCUCAGAUGUUUGACACUCCGUCCCGCGCCGAGUGCGACUCCAACUUGAGCCGCACUAGAAUCUCAGCAGCAGCACGCCUGAAUAUAGAAAUUUAUGUUUUCUUUUAGUUUGUGUCACGUUGCCUCAGCGAUAGCAUCUCCCUCCCCCCACAGCUUUUUAUUUUUAUUUUUUGGCUUAUACAUGUACCCAAUCAGUUUAUCAGCAGUUUAUCAGUGGUUUGUAGCCUAUUUCAUAUUUUUGAAAACCUGCCAAUACCAAUUUUUUUUUUACUGUUUAUAGAUUUUUUUUAUGUUCAUAGAAGAGAUGCCAUCACAUCAUUUUUACUAUUACUCUCAAAGAAGGAAAAAAUGAUAGUUAACAUUUUAACUUGAUUUUAACAUUGUUUUAGCCACUAGCAUGAUUAGCAUUAAGUGUAAGCAGCGAUCUUUCUGCGUAGCGUAGAUCCUUUCCUCAACUCUGAGAUUUCCUAAACGUUGUUUUCUUUGGCUUAAUCUCAAACUGACACCGAAAAUAGUUCGCCUUUAGCUAACUUACCUGAGCUUAAAGAGUGUUAGCUUGUCCUGGUCGCGCUACCGUAUGAGUUAACUGUAUGGAAAAAGACCGGAGCCCAAUCGGCGGCGCUUUAGCCAAAAAUCCUCCAGUCCCAGUUGUAACCCGAUGUCUCAGUGCAUGUUUAUAAAAAGGCAACUCUCGCAUUUUGCUGUCAUCCAACCAUUUGUAUAAGAAGAACAUGCUAGCUUAGCCACCAGAAGGAAGGGAAAUAUCUACUUGGAUUUUGUAGCAUGAAAACAUACAUGCGGAAUAAUAUGAGAAGCAUAUGAUCAUCUGUUUUAUAUCCGUCCAUGAAAAACAGAGCCCCCCUAUAAAUAACCAUGAAAUUAUUUAGUGUACCUUGAUUAAAAAAGAAGAAUUUUUUAAUGAGGAUUGCGCGUUUUUUGACGCUGUAAUUUUACUAACCAGGACAGGCGAAGUUACCUCCAGCUCUUCACAAUUCAAAUUUGUGUAAGUAGUUUUAAUCUCUAUGUAGCUUCUGUCAGAUAAAGCAGUUCCAACAAGAUUUUACAUCAAAGUUUUUUUUUGUUUGUUUUUUUUCUUUAAAGUGAAUUUGGACUAACAGCUCUGACUGGGAGACCUCCAGCAAUCAGAGCAGGUUCUCUUCAGCCAUAAAAGAAAUCUUCAAAUGCAUGGUGUAUGGAAAGCAAUUAUGCACAAAAGUUUAACUCAAAUUAUUUUACUAUUUUACGGCUCUUUUCAACAUAUGUGCAGCUCUGCUACUCUUAUAAUUGUUUUGGUGCUUUAAAAGUAACAAAUUGGAUUUUUGAUUAUUGCAGCGUCAUUAUUUUUGGGAAAUUUUAAAAAUCUUUUUUUCAUGCCCUCAUGAGAUCGCAUUGUGUUUGUACAUAUCUAAUUGCAUAACCAUUUACCCCUAGUAAAAGCCAAGUCUUGAAGUCACAUUAUGGUGAUGGACUGUGCACAUCCCUAAUUUUGCUAAAGACUUUUACGUAAAAAAAAAAAGAAAAAGUGUACUGCUUGUUCGUUUUGCUUUAAUGUUUCGGUUUUCACUUGAAUUAGAUCAUAUUUUUAUACUAAAAACGUGUACGUACGACUAUAUCUGAUAGCGUCUUCUUCAGAGAUGGCACGGUUUGAAAGUGUAAAUAGAAUCAAGGUGAAACGGGGCGAUCGGAGAAUCCACACAUCUGAACCCUGCUGGGGACAUUCCUGUGGUUUAAACCGUCACAAACUUGCUUCCAGCUGUUCGUCAUUUCGCAACCGAACCGAAUCCUUUUGAUCUGAACCGAGGACGGCUUCGGACUGUUCCGGCCUAUAACGUUUUGUGAUCGAUAAAAACUUGACUCCGCCGUCUCUGACUCAGAGUUUAAUGAUAAGGAGAUAUCUUGUUAAUGUUUAGCUACGAUACAGUGUUGAUCACACGUUGAAAUAGCGUGUCUUUUGAUACUGUUUUCUCAGGUCGCACAUCAGAAUACAAAUAGAGAUAAUAUAUGCACAGAGAUUUUUAUCACUAUCAAAUGCUCCUUGGCAGCCUCAACUGCAAAAUGUUUUGUCUUUUAAUUUUUGUUUUUGUUUGUUUUGACAGAUUGAAUCUCUGUUUGCUAUCAGAGAGUCUAAAUGCACUCAUAAUUAGCCAUCCCGUAUAGAUGACGCAGUAUUGUAAAUGUAGAACAGAUUGCUUUCCAAGCUCGUUUCUGUCUGACUUGCUGCUAUGUUGUACUAACUCAAACAUGAGCUCUGCCACGGAUAGAUUACCAACCUCCAAGCUGCCUCUAACUCGCUCACUUAGAGUUGAAACCAGAUAUUUCCAGAAACCUUCAAUUUAUUUAUUAAUGUUUUUUUUCUUCCUCUUUGCCUCGUUGUUUUGACAUUCCAUCAAACGAAUCUCACCAAACUAAACUUUUCUGUUUUAGGGCAGUUAAGAUCACUCACAAUUAUUUCUGCUUGCUAAAUACCAGAAUACUUAUUAAAAUUCUGAACUUUGCAUGCAGUUUAGUAUUUGAUAGUCGACUAUGAAGCUGUAUGAAUUUUCAUAUUUACCCACAAACUUUCUAUAAGGAGCGAGAUCAGUGCUUUAUGACGGCCACCGUAAUAAAAGUAACUUUUUACAUUUUAUUUUGCGGGUAUGCUGAGAUCGUCAUUGUCCAUAUUUACUUCAGCAUCUCCACGUGAUGUUUUCAUUUCCUCAGUAUGUCAUCUUUUCUGUUGAGCGCACCAGUCCCUCCUGAAGCAAAACGGUCACACAAGAUAACACUGCUAACGCCGUGCUUCGCAGCUGGGUUGGUGUUCUCAUCCCACUUUUGGCUCCAAAUGGAGCAACGACCAUUAUGGUCAAACGUUUCAAUGAUCAACAUGCCACCAGCAGGCAUUUAUCCCUGAGUUCAUCUUUAAGGAAUGGCUUCUUCGUCUCCGAGUGGCCUUUCAGCCCACGUUCGACUUGUUUCACCCUACCAGCUUCAGCUAGCAUCUGUCAUACCAAAAAGCACGUUCGUCUCCGGGAAAUGCGUCUCCUACCCUGACGAUGUCGGCUGGACGUUGUUUAUGCCUUCAUGUAAUUAUUUAAGCAGAUGGUACAUCUGGAGAUUCUACCCAAGGAUUUAUAAGAUAUGUUUGCAAUCACAAUCUUUUUCCUGAUUUUUCUCUUUCUAAUCAUAGAAUGAUGUCACACAAGGAAGAAGUGUGUUUGAGGUGUUGUCUGAAAAUGUAUCCACCGGUAGGGCUUUACUUAAACAUUGUGAAUUACCAGAAGCUUACAAAGCCAAAACAACCUCGCAUUGGAUUUCAAGAAACAAAUACUUUUUCUCGAAUAAAAAGAUCUUACUCGUGAUCCUAGGGUUAAGCAAAUGGAAAUAAUGUUGGUAAUCUUGACUGAUUUAAAACAGAAGAAAAAACAAAAUCUGAUUUAAUGUCAAACAGGGGAAAACUUUUUUUUCUUUCAGAGUGUGUACAUAUCUGGCUUCAACUGAAUGUCUUGUCUCAGAUUGCAAAGAAUUCUCCCAACGCAGCUCAGUUUUUCACCUUGCAGAUCAUGCUUGGCGAUCAACCACCAACAACAUGUGCCUUAGUGUGUGUGUGUGUGUGGGUGUGGGCGUGUGUGUGGGUGUGUGUGUAGACGCCGACGUCAAAGACUCGCGCGAUUGAAAAAUUGUAAACCACUGACCUGUUCGCGUGAUCUGACGGAGACCUAUAGAACGGUGCGUCAUGUGACCAGAUCUUUCAACAGAAUUUGAUCGUCGGUCAGUGAAAAUGAAGGAUUUGCUCAAAAGGGUUUUUAAUAGCGAAACUGAAAAUGAAUGAAACGCUACAAAAAGGCCCGAGAGGUGAAGCUGCUUUACUCUUGCGAGGCGUUUUGUUUGAUGUAGAAUCGACAAGGGACUUUUUAACUUGUAUCAGGGAUUCUUAGUCUUCCUUUUUGAACUAGCUCAGGAUAUAGAAAGGUACUGUGUCUCCGUCCCUGUCUUUCUUAUUCAAUCUAAUACAAUAAGUCUGUGCCGCUCUGCUUUAGAGCACAUAAACAGAAGCAACGAUACAGGAACAUUUUAAUAUUUGCUUUUCUUUUCCAGUAUAGAUGGAUUAUUAUUUUUCCAGGGGCAGCAGUCAUAGGAAUUAGGUUUUUUUUUUUUUACCUUCAACUUGUUUAUUUCUUUAUUUCUGCAGCUCUAGUCUACUUCAGAGAUAGAAAGCAUCUUUGGAUGUGUUGUCCGUGUGCUUUGUGGCUCGGAUAAUAAUACUGUAAAUGUUUGAAUGUACUGAAUAUUUAGUCAUGCAUAGUUAGUUCUUUGCAAGAAGGCAAAUUGACAUUGAAUGAAUUAAAAAAAUAAAUAAAAUGAUUUUUGAACUCCUCUA